AUGGUGUGCGGACAAAGCCAAGCUGGUGACCCAACAACCGUCCGAAAUGCAGCAACAAAGAUCUGGUAUCUGUUUGUGAAUGAUCACAGCGCCACCAUCGCCGCGCGCUCGAAUGUUGCAGUCAGUCUGCGCGGAAUCAAGCGCUCACCGAUCUGGCAUCGACACUCCGACCGUUAUCUGCGAGCGAGCGAGAUUUUGAAGGUGUGGAGCGAUGGCAGCGGCUUUGAAAGAGAUGAGUUGGGCAGUUUCGAGAGUCUCCUCCACUGUAGCUCUAUCGGUAGCCGGUGCUCUACACACGAUGAUAUUCAAAUGCGCACCUCGACUGCUCUUCUCGAGCUCGUCCCUACCGCCAUGUCCACCAAGCUUCUGAAUUUCGAUCCACUCUAGUUUAAUACUGUGAGAAUGGCGUCCGAUUUCACCAAUCUAAGAUGACACUCGCUCUCUCACUCUUGUCAUUUUUUGUUUCGUUUUUGUUUAGUUUUUAUUUUUUUUGAUAAUUUGGGGUUUCAAACGCCGAUUAUAUGAGUAAUUGUUUGACAGGGUUACAGAAUGAUUAGCUUCUUGUCAAUUCUACAUGUACAAUUGUUUCGUUGUCUUAAGCGUUGAGGCAGUAUUGAUUACUAUUUAGGAUUGUGUUUUGCAUGAAAUGUGACUAGCAAGUAUACAACCUCAAUGCAGCUGAAGUAUUUCUACAUAAUGGAACUUUUUAUCAUUAUUUGUGGCUCUUUUUUAUUUUAUUUUUUAUUUUUUAUUUUUAAAGGUAGUUACAGUCAGACUAUGUUGUAAUGUAGUAACAAAUCCUUGCAGAUUUUUCCAACUGCCGUGCCUUCACUUCACACUGAUGUUUGUAUAUUUACAAGGACUUGAUAUAGGAAGGUCAAGGAUAUGGAGCACAAUGUAUUGAAAUCGUCUGUUAUCUGUGAAGAUGGCACUCUAAUCGAAGCAGUUGUUGUGGUUGAUGCCACUAGCCA